AUGCCGCCAAAGACUGAGCCUAAGAAAUGGAAGCCACCAAAGGGUCCCAAGCCCAUCCAGAGAAAGAACAAGAACCCCAUUGGGCUGGGUAGGGCUAUCAUGCACCAGCGGUCCAAGGAGAACACUAUUGAGUAUCUACCUGAUGGUGAGAUGCGGUUCACUACCGACAAGCACGAGGCCAACUGGGUGAAGCUACGGUCUGUGACGCAGGAGAGUGCGCUGGAUGAGUUUUUGAACACCGCUGCGUUGGCUGACAAGGAUUUCACUGCUGACAGGCACUCGAACGUUAAGAUCAUCAGGAUCGACAACGGUGAUGGCUCCGCUACAUCUCAGGGCUUUUCCUUGACCAACGAACAGAAAUCUACCAUCGACGCUAAACAACGUGCUUUGGCCAAUGACUUGAUUGUGCCAAGGAGGCCGUACUGGGACGAGUCCAUGACGAAAUAUCAGUUGGAGAGACAAGAGAACGACGCCUUCUUGGAAUGGAGACGUAAAUUGGCUCACUUACAAGAGAAUAACGAGGAUUUACUGUUGACUCCUUUUGAAAGAAACAUAGAAGUCUGGAAACAACUGUGGAGAGUGGUCGAAAGAAGUGAUUUAGUUGUUCAAAUCGUGGACGCCAGAGACCCACUGCUUUUCAGAUCUGUCGAUUUAGAGAGAUACGUUACAGAAGUGGAUGACCGUAAACAGAAUCUAUUGCUUAUCAACAAGGCAGAUUUACUGACUAGAAACCAAAGAAUAACGUGGGCUAAAUACUUUGCUAAGAAGAAUAACUCAUAUGCUUUUUACUCCGCAUUAAGAGCCAAUCAGUUACUGGAAAAACAAAAAGAACUAGGUGAUGAUUACAGCGAAGAACACAUAGAGGAAGAAUCGGAUGACAGUGAAGAGACGCUUGAAGAAAGUGUCAGAGAAGGUAUUAAGAUCUUAACCAUUGAUCAAUUAGAGGAAUUAUUCUUAUCUAGAGCACCAUCUGAGCCACUUACUGAACCUUUGCCUGGUCAAGAAUCUCUGUUACAAAUUGGUUUAGUUGGUUACCCUAAUGUAGGUAAAUCCUCUACUAUUAACUCUCUAGUUGGUGCAAAGAAAGUCUCUGUUUCCUCCACUCCAGGUAAAACCAAGCAUUUCCAAACCAUUAAACUGUCAGAUCAUGUUAUGCUUUGUGAUUGUCCCGGUUUAGUGUUCGCAAACUUCGCUUACAACAAGGGUGAGUUGGUUUGUAACGGUGUGUUACCAAUCGAUCAACUUCGUGACUAUGUUGGUCCAUGUGCUUUAGUUGCUGAACGUAUUCCUAAGUACUACUUGGAAGCAGUAUACGGUAUCCAUAUUCAAACAAGAUCAAGGGAGGAAAGUGGUGAUAUAGAACCAGAGAACCCAACGGCGCAAGAGUUACUAGUCGCAUAUGCGCGUGCUCGUGGUUACAUGACCCAAGGUUUUGGUUCUGCAGAUGAAUCAAGAGCAAGUCGUUAUAUUCUAAAGGACUAUGUCAAUGGUAAGUUACUAUAUGUCAAUCCACCACCACAUCUAGAAGAUGAUACACCAUACACUAGAGAAGAAUGUAAAGAGUUCAACAAGGAAUUAUACGUAUUUGAUAAACUACCGGAAACUCGUCAAGAACAACUAAGGGAAGCAGCAAAAGCUAAAGGUAUUGAAGUGCUUGAUCUAGCUAGAGACCUUUCCAAACUGACAUUCUCUGCACAUACAGCUGCCGAGGCAAACAAGAAAGCGUCGUCGGUAACACACGGUGGUAAGCAAGCCGCGCUAUACAAUGCCGCAGACGAUUUGGAUAGAGAAUUUUUUAACAUGAACAAAGUCGAAGGGAAACUCACGACUCCAUUCCAUAAGCAGCAAUCUCAAUCUGGUUCAAAGAAACACAACAAGAAGAACAAAAAGGGUAAAGUCCGUAACUUAAACUUUGAAUAA